AUGGAUGUCUCUCGCAGGUUGGCGGGUGAAAACCAUGACUUCCGCAGGAGCACGCAGGUUCCUGCGCUCUGUACGAAACCGCAAGGGGGCAAGGGGAUGCGGCUAAAUGUGUUGCACGAAGGUGCAGUCCCCGCUAAUGACUUUCAUUCCGCUCAUCUUACUCCGUACGAGAUGGACGAGAUAAAGGGCUACUCGGAAGUAUAUUACGUUGGCCAAAAUUGUGACCGCAAGGUUCAGGCACCGGUGGAAGGAGGCCAUAACAAGGGGUAUGAUGAUGAAAGAGGGGACUACCUCAUCAGACUACGUGACCACAUCGCAUACCGCUACGAGGUUUUAAGCACACUGGGGAGUGGUUCCUUCGGACAGGUGGUUAAGGCAGUUGAUCACUGCAAGAACUGUACUGUAGCGCUAAAGAUUAUCCGCAACAGGAAACGCUUCACCGCACAAGCAAAGAUUGAGGUGCAGAUUUUGAGUCAUUUGAAGAAAGGUGACCCCUCAGGGAUCUACGGAAUAGUCCAAAUGAUUGAUAAUUUCACCUUUCGUUCCCAUGUCUGCAUUACAUACGAGCUGUUAGGAUGUAACUUGUACACUUACUUAAAGCAACGCAGGUUCAAGCCAUUGCCGUUAGACGUCGUUCGCAAGAUUGGGGCUGGUGUUCUCGUGUCUCUUUCCUACAUGUGGCGAGAGAACAUUAUUCAUUGUGAUCUGAAGCCGGAAAACAUACUCCUCAGGUCACCCAAUGACACGGCAGUGAAAGUGAUUGACUUGGGCUCCUCUUGCUUUGAAAACGCCCGUUUGUUCACCUACAUCCAAUCGCGCUUCUACCGUGCACCCGAGGUACUUCUAGGGUGUCCCUACUCCAGGUGCAUAGAUCUUUGGAGUUAUGGAUGUGUUCUUUGCGAGCUCGCCUCCGGCUACCCCAUUUUCCCAGGUGAAAGCGAGCAGGAACAGAUGGCGUGCAUAAUGGAGUUUUUAGGGACCCCGCCGCGUGAUUUUAUACUUCGUUCCCCGCGCAAACAUGAGUUUUUUGAAGCAAGCGCAAAUUAUUCACCCAAAUUAGUUCCCAACAGCAAACUUAAGAUACGCUUUCCGGGAACCAAGAAUAUUGCGGCGUUCCUUGGACUGCCGGAGGGAGAUCCAUUUGUCAGUUUCGUUAAGCUGUUCCUUGAGUGGGUUCCGGACUCGCGUGCCACUCCUCGGCGGGCGAUGAAGCACCCGUGGAUCGCUGAUGAGGUCAAUGAAUUAUUAAGUAAGCAAAAGCGGAACACAGCGGCCACUGGCGAAGAUGAUAGUGAGUCUAAGUUCCACAAAGCCCUUCCGCGCUUGCCUAAGAUAGGCAAACGUGGGACCGACAGAUGCGGGUGCUAG